CCUCCUCUCUUCCCCACAAGUCACAAUUCGUUCAACAAUCUCUCAUUGAUCCUAAAUCUCCUCAAUUUUUCAAAUCCCUAAUUUCAAACCGCUUUCGAAUUUCAUCUCCCGUUUUCUGAAAUCAUGCAGAUCUUCGUGAAAACCCUAACCGGUAAGACCAUCACUCUCGAGGUCGAGAGUUCCGACACGAUCGAUAACGUCAAGGCUAAAAUCCAGGACAAGGAGGGCAUCCCUCCCGAUCAGCAGCGGCUUAUCUUCGCCGGAAAGCAGCUCGAGGAUGGCCGGACCCUUGCCGAUUACAAUAUCCAGAAGGAAUCGACUCUCCAUCUGGUCCUCCGUCUCCGGGGAGGUAUGCAGAUCUUCGUCAAAACCCUAACCGGGAAGACGAUAACUUUGGAGGUCGAGAGCUCCGAUACGAUCGACAAUGUCAAGGCCAAGAUCCAAGAUAAGGAGGGGAUUCCUCCGGAUCAGCAGAGGCUUAUCUUCGCCGGCAAGCAAUUGGAGGACGGUCGCACCCUAGCCGACUACAACAUCCAGAAGGAGUCGACUUUGCACUUGGUUCUUCGAUUGAGAGGUGGUAUGCAGAUCUUUGUCAAAACCCUGACCGGGAAGACAAUUACUCUGGAGGUCGAAAGUUCUGAUACGAUCGAUAACGUCAAGGCAAAGAUCCAAGAUAAGGAGGGAAUCCCCCCAGACCAGCAGAGAUUAAUUUUUGCUGGUAAGCAAUUGGAGGAUGGCAGGACUCUCGCGGAUUACAACAUCCAAAAGGAGUCAACUUUGCACUUGGUUCUUCGAUUGAGGGGUGGUAUGCAGAUUUUUGUGAAGACACUGACAGGGAAGACGAUCACUCUCGAGGUUGAGAGCUCUGACACUAUUGACAAUGUCAAAGCUAAGAUUCAGGACAAGGAGGGGAUCCCACCUGACCAGCAGAGGUUGAUCUUCGCUGGGAAACAGCUAGAGGAUGGUCGUACCCUUGCGGAUUACAACAUUCAGAAAGAGUCUACCCUCCAUCUCGUUCUUCGUCUCCGUGGCGGUGAUUUCUAGAAAGUUUGUUAGUUAGUUUCGGUUUGUUUUGUUUUGAUAUGUUGGUUCUGAUGGUGGUGUAAUUGUGUUGAGUGGCCAGUCUGCCACCGUGUUUUGUUCUUUGGGAUGGUGAAUGGGUUGUUCUAUCUUUACUUUUAAUCAUCAAAACUCAAUUUGGUAUCAAUAAAUAAUUUCUAGUUUUAUAAACACCAUCGGUUUCCCUUUCUUUGAAAU